UUUCUCAGUUUGUCUCUCAGCUGCGGCUACUCACUCCAACCAAAACCCUCUCUCUGCUCUCUACUUCGCAGAGCCAUUUUGUAUGCUUUGAUCCCCUCGCGACCUUCAUUUUCCCUUUCACUCCCUCCUCCAUCUUUGACUUUCUCCUUGCGCCAAACUCUCGAAAUCCACUCCCGCUUUAGACCGCUCUGUCUUACACGACCAUUUGUCGAAUCAGAGACGUCUCGCUAUAUUCCUGUUUCCAUCUUUGCAAUUUCCAAGCCCGGAGCUGCGACUGUGGGCUAUUCACCAGUCUCUCUCCAAGUCCAACCACUCUUCGAUUUUAAGGCAUUUGAAAUAUUUGCACCUGGUUACUGUUUUCUAUUUCAACGAUUCCUUUUCAGUUUCGCGUGAGAUAUAGCACGUGGUUUCACUUCUAUCCUUCUAUUAUAUCUGGAAAUAUGAGUUUGAAGCGGUUAAUAUUCUCUAGGAAAGUGACCAGCAAUUUAUCCGGAGCUAGUGGAACAUUAUUUUCUCCAACGCCUAUAUAUUAUAGAAAUUUGUCUGUGCUUACUGUAUCAAUAUCUAGUUUGAGUUACUUAUUGAGCAGUAAAAACCCAAAACCCUCCUUUCACUUUCAUAGAUUUGUUCACUCUACUAUGGUAAGGCAGUCAAAUGCGGAUUCAAAACUCAAUUCCUGUGAUUCUGAGGAGCAGGAUGGAACUAUGAACGAGUUUUUAUCUCGAUUUGUUUGGAUAAUGCGGGGGAAGUUAUCAGAAGUUUACCCAGAUUGUGAUAAACAGACUAUUGAUGGGAUGCUUUUGAUUAUCGUUGGUAAGGUUGUGGAUGAGAUGGAGAAGGGUGGCCUUCAGCAAAUGGUUGGUUCUACUGUAAGCAACACAUCGCAAGAUUUCAGCGAAGAUUUGUGGAAAAUGGUGUGGGAAGUGAGUGUCAUGGUGUCGGAGGAUAUGGAGAAGGCAAGAAAGAAGGAGAAGAUGAAGCGUCUUUUGCAAUCUGAGGAAGUUAAGGAAAUGUGUAGGUUUGCUGGUGAGGCUGGUAUUCGUGGGGACCUGUUGAGAGAGCUCAGGUUCAAGUGGGCUAGGGAGAAAAUGGAGGAUUAUGAGUUUUAUGAGAAUUUAGCACGCCUUAAAAAGGAGGCAAAAGCGCAAGAGGAGGGAAAAAGUGCAGACACCACAGAAGAAGAUGCUACAGCACAGGAGGAAGCUAAGGUUGUUUCCCUUCCCAAAAGACAUGGGAAGAUUAGGUACAAGAUUUACGGGCUUGACUUAUCAGAUCCUAAAUGGGCUGAAGUGGCUGAUAAAAUUCACGAGACAGGGAAGGUUAAUUGGCCUCAGGAACCAAAGCCAAUAUCUGGGAAAUGCGCAUUGAUUAUGGAUAAGAUCCUUUCUCUAAAGAUGGAAGAUGACCCUUCACCACUACUGGCUGAAUGGGUUGAUCUCGUACAACCCAGCAAGGUUGACUGGAUGAGUUUGCUUGAUAAAUUACAAGAAAAGAAUAUUGGCUUAUUCUUAAAGGUGGCGGAACUUAUUUUAGAUGAAAAAUCUUUUGAAACAAAUGUUCGUGACUAUUCAAGACUUAUUGAUGCCCAUGCCAAAGAGAACCGCAUAGAAGACGCUGAGCGAAUUCUUAGGAAGAUGAAUGAAAAUGGAAUUUUUCCUGAUAUUAUAAUAUCUGCAAUUCUGGUUCACAUGUAUAGCAAGGCAGGCAAUAUCGACAGGGCUAUAGUAGCAUUUGAAAACUUAAGGAGCCAUGGAUUCCAUCCUGAUGUGAAUGUUUAUAACUCGAUGAUCAUUGCUUAUGUAAAUGCUGGCCAACCCAAGUUAGGAGAGUCACUGAUGAGGGAGAUGGAGGCAAGAGACAUCAAACCUUCAAAGGAGAUAUACAUGGCACUUCUUCGGUCCUUUGCCCAACAAGGUGACGUUAGUGGAGCUGAACGAAUAUCUGUCACUAUGCAGUUUGCAGGAUUGCAGCCAACUUUGGAGUCUUGCACUUUACUUGUCGAGGCAUAUGCGCAAGCUGGGGACCCUGAUCAAGCGAGGAGCAAUUUUGACCACAUGAUAAAACUUGGACACAAGCCUGAUGACAGGUGUACUGCUAGUAUGCUUGCAGCUUAUGAGAAAAAGAAUUUAUUAGACAAGGCCUUAUAUCUACUGUUGCAGCUUGAGAGGGAUGGAUUCCAGCCUGGUGCAUCUACUUAUACUGUUCUUAUUGAUUGGUUGGGUAAGUUGCAGCUUGUUGAUGAGGCAGAGCAGCUGUUAGGGAAGAUAGCAGAGCUGGGUGAGGCUCCUCCAUUUAAAAUCCAUGUAAGCCUUUGCGAGAUGUACUCAAGGGCAGGAUUUGAGAAGAAAGCUCGUAAAGCUCUUGGAGUUUUGGAAGCUAAGAAGGAACAACUGGCUUCUAAUGAGUUUGAGAGGAUUAUAGAUGGACUGACUGCUGGGGGAUUUAUCAAGGAUGCUCAAAGGAUACGCGGCGUGAUGGAGUCACAAGGCUUUGCAAUUUCAGAUAAGUUAAAAGUAAAACUAAUAGCAUCAGAAUCAUUUGGUCGCAAAAGACCAACUAUAGGGUAGUUUACUAGUUUAGAAAUGCUUCUCAAACUUUUGGCUAGAAGAGAUAAUCCACUUAGAUAGCUUUGCCACAAUUUUAUAAAUAUCUAAUGGAAAUUUCCCUUUCUGUUAUGCGUUUUUGAGUUAUUCCAUGACUUCCAACGUUUGUCUUUUUUUUUUGUUUUGUUUUUCUCUUUCAACUGUAUUACAGUGUCCCGUUAAUAAUGCUUCUAACAAUUUCAUUGUUUCUGGAAUUUGCUAUUUCCAGCAGAGAUUUUUAGACUAUCCUCUGAUAAGAGCAGAAUCUAGUGUCUGCUGUCUAAAGUGUGGACGCAGAGUGAUAGAUAUAUUUAUAUUUAUAUUAGCAAAAUCUAGUUAGGCAUUGCCAA